AUGAUGCUGCCGGUGCAGAUUCUGAAACAGAGUGCGCAGGAGGAGCGUGGCGAGGGCGCUCGUCUCUCCUCGUUCGUUGGUGCCAUAGCCAUCGGCGACCUCGUCAAGUCAACGCUCGGACCGAAGGGCAUGGUAAGUGAUCUUCUACAGCAUCAUGCAUCCGACUCUUUCGCCGGAUAA